AUGGCGGAACAAACCCCCAAUGUCCGAGCGGAGGUAGAUCUGAUGAUAUUGGACUACCUCGUCUGCCUGGCCGUCAGCAGACUCAUUGCCAUGAUUGGAAAUCCCGAGAUCUGCCCAGAUGUGGAAUGGCUCGUGGAAUCGGUUGAAACCUUCCGCUGGAUUAUCGAGGGCCACCAAUUCGAAUCCGCCCUUCCCUGGGACCUCGACCUCAAACUGCGGGUCUUCCAUAUCGUCAAUCUUUACUGCCGCUACGAGGCCCCCAGGGAUCGCCGCCCCCUCCCAAAUUUCACGCCCCUGUCCCACAUUGCAGUUGAAUUUAUGCAAUUUUGCCAUACCUCAAUCGAGAAUGUAUCCAAGAAACGCUGGUUUGACCUCGGUGCCCAUCUUAUGGCGCAUGCGAUAUUGGAAGAAAGGGACCGCUUCCCGGAGCAUCUCCGUAGGCUUUGUUCAUGGACAACCAACGAUGACGAGCUAAACGCGUACUGGGAGGUCAGCCGUGGAAUGUUUCUCGAGCAUAUGCCACCCCCUACGGCACCGCAGCCCCAGCAAGCCGAGAAGAGCUAG